UGUUUAAGUGUCCCGACUGCUGAAGUUCUCGUGCCCUUGUAUAGAACAGCUUUCCAUAUUUAAGUCUUUCACCCGUCUUUCUCCCCGGCUGUAUGAGGACAACGUUCUGACCGAAGUGAACAAUGGAACUCAUUGUCUUUCUAUGUCUUCUCGCAACUGGCCUGGCGGCCCCUAGUACACGAAUUGUUAACGGCGAUAAUGCCCAACUGUUCGACCAUCCUUACCAAGUCUCGCUGCAAGCUUACAGCUUCAAUUCAUGGUACCACACUUGCGGAGCUGUCCUGGUCGCCCCUGAUAAGGUCGUCACUGCUGCCCACUGCGUGGACAAGAAGCAGGCCAGAAAUCUCCGUGUAGUGGUCGGCGUCCACAACUUGUUCGACCCACCCAACGAGUACCAGCAGACUGUGGCUGUGGCCAGCUUCCGCAUGCAUGAGAACUACAACGGUAAUGGAAACGGAUACCCCAACGACAUCGCCGUCAUCACUUUGUUCACCCCAGUCACCUACAACAGAAACGUUCAGCCUGCUAAACUGGCUAACGAAGGCGUAAGCUACGCUAAUACAUCUUGCAUCAUUUCUGGAUGGGGUCAGACAUCCGGCUCCGGCGGCAGCCCCAACACCCUCCAACAGGCUUACAUUUUGAAAAUCUCCAGAGCUGAAUGUAACGCUCUGUGGAGCAGAUAUGGAGUGACCAUCACAGACAAGCACAUCUGCGUUUAUGAGAGAGAUGGUGAGACCGGUGGACGUCCAAGCUCUUGCAUGGGAGACAGCGGGGGUCCAAUGAUGUGUGGAAACAAAAAAGAUGAAUUGGCCGGAGUUACCUCUUGGGGAGUCAGCACCUGCAGUGGUGACCUCCCUAGUGUCUACACUCGUAUUUCUGAGUACCGCACAUGGCUAGAUCCUCAGAUCUACUAAAAUAUCUCUGAGUGUUUAAGAAAUAAAAAAAUCCCAGACCUGCAAGAAACACUGUCAGAUAUAAGUUUUUGAGACAAUAAAAAAUUUCAAACAAAUAUAA